GCUUACCUAGUUUCGAUCCUUUCAACACAGACAAAAAUACAACCGCCUUUCUAAGCCACCUCUCGUAAGGCUAAAAAAAUGAAAGAUGGAGAAACGGCUCGGUAUUGAUACCACACGCAACCGAUCCUUAUGCAAUGCUACCACCGGGACAAUAAGCCGGGAACACGUUGCCAGGAUGUCUCGUUAGAGAUUAUGUACUUUGGUAAUGCCUCAAUAUUAUAAUAGAGUGACGACUAUCAGCCUCCUACUCUAUGAUAUAUGAUAAAGACGUCCAGUCAUCCCAUCCCAUCAUAUCUCGUACAUAAUAUGUAGUUCACCCGCGAGUCGUUCGAUCAAAUCAGACAACAUUCCACUCCAAGUCCUGCCAUUAGCCAUCUUUAUACAGAAUACUUCAUACACAGCCCAGCCCUUUUUACACGUCACCUGUUCAACGUACAAAAAUCAACCAAGAUGCUCUUCCAAACGUUCCUCAUCGCAGUACUGGGAUCUACCGCCAUCGCAUCGCCCAUCAACCCAGUCAAACGCGACUCAUCCGUAAUCGUGUUCCAGGACGCCGAAGUCGAAAGCGCGGCCGAGGAGAAGCGGGACAGCGCCAUCGUGUACCAGGACGUGCCGGUGGCAAAGAAGCGAGGAGACUCGAACACCAUCGUCAUGUCCGAUGUCGAGGUCGUCGACUACUCUGACUAAGCUACGCGUCUCGGUCCUCUAGGGGGGAAACCAUGAUGGUGUGUGACGUGCUGGGCUGGGCGCGAGGGGGAUGGAUGGGCUUCCGGAAUCCGAGGGUUUGGGCGUCGGGGGUUUGGUCUGGUCUGUGCUAGUGAUGGGAUGGAAUGGGACACAGGUAAAAUGGGGUACAUCUCUGACCCCAUCCGGGUCGAUCGACGUGUAUCUUUA